ACCUUCAGCUAUUUCUCGCAGACGACGACGCCGACCAGCUCGAACGAUCCGUUCGCCAGCAUUGGACAGACGCCGGCCCCUCCCACGUCCGGUGCCGCCGCCUUCCCCAGACCUCCAGCUUCGGUGCCGGCGCCCCCCGCCAUCCAGAAUGGACAGAACUUUGUUAACCCUUCAAGGACCACGUCUCCAUAUACUUCCAACACUCCUCCGCCUCCCAGCGAUGUGGGCGGUGUCUGCCCUCCCCCGAGCGCCUUUUCUGUCCCUGCCACUGGUCCCUCCCAGGCCAGCUAUAAUCCCUACCGUCAGAACACCCUGACCAGCCGGGCUAAUCCCUACCUUACGCCUCCUCAGCUGCAGCAGGACUUUGCCCCGGGGCAAGCUGGCCAGACGCUUCCAUUGGCUCCACCUAGUGUUUACUCCUCUGGCUGCGCGCCACCG